CUUGCUGGGGCCCGGGGCUGUACAACGGCGCCGGGGUGUGGGGAGCGCCACGCAAGCCCGUGCAAUUCCCAGUCGGGAGGCGCCCUCGCCGUUGUGGCCUUGCUGGGUGGGCGCUUCCGCCUCGCCGCCGAGCAGGGCCCCAGUGACGCCGGCAACAUGGGCCAGUGCGGCAUCACCUCCUCCAAGACUGUGCUAGUGUUUCUCAACCUCAUCUUUUGGGGGGCAGCUGGCAUUUUAUGCUAUGUGGGAGCCUAUGUCUUCAUCACUUAUGAUGACUAUGACCACUUCUUUGAAGAUGUGUACACUCUCAUCCCUGCUGUAGUGAUUAUAGCUGUAGGAGCUUUGCUUUUCAUUAUUGGGCUAAUUGGCUGCUGUGCUACAAUCCGGGAAAGCCACUGUGGACUGGCCACGUUUGUCAUCAUCCUACUCUUAGUUUUUGUCACAGAAGUCGUUGUAGUGGUUUUGGGAUAUGUUUACAGAGCAAAGGUGGAAAAUGAGGUUGACCACAGCAUCCAGAAAGUAUAUAAGACCUACAAUGGAACCAAUCCUGAUGCUGCUAGCCGGGCUAUUGAUUAUGUACAGAGACAGCUGCGCUGUUGUGGAAUUCACAACUACUCAGACUGGGAAAAUACAGACUGGUUCAAAGAAACCAAAAAUCAGAGUGUCCCUCUUAGCUGCUGCAGAGAGACUGCCAGCAGCUGUAAUGGCAGCCUUUCCCACCCCUCCAACCUUUAUGCUGAGGGGUGUGAGGCUCUAGUUGUGAAGAAGCUACAAGAAAUCAUGAUGCAUGUUAUCUGGGCAGCGCUGGCAUUUGCAGCUAUUCAGCUGCUGGGCAUGCUGUGUGCAUGCAUCGUACUGUGCAGAAGGAAUAGAGAUCCUGCUUAUGAGCUCCUCAUCACCAGCGGAACCUAUGCAUAGUAGAAAACUCAAGCCUGUGCUUUUUAGUCUUGUUCUGAUUUGGAAGGUGAAUUGAGCAGUUCCACUGCUCUUGGCCUCCUGAGUUCAUUUAGUUAAAGCACAUGUGUCAGACAGAACAGCUUGAUUCUUCAUGUGCCCACUUACUUUCCUACUCAUUUAUGACUUUUCCCGUUCUAGCUGAUUCUCCACGUCCCUAAGUUUUUAAGGAUGGUGUUAUAUGUUCUAAUUUCAGAACCAUUUGCAAGUUGCAAUAGUGUGGUAGAAUUAAAAGAGGACAUGGACUGCUUCUGUUACCUCCAAGCAGCAAUGGGACUGCUGCUGAAGUACCACUGGGUCCUUAAAGACCACAAUGGACAACUCUUUGCCAAAGGUUUUUUGGGGGAGGAGGACUUAAUACCAGAUGGUGACCCUUAGCAGUGUCCUUUUAAAAAUAUAUAUACCAUAUCCCAGUAGGACAGCAACUAUACAAAAUGGCUGAAAUAGAUUUUGGAAUCAUACAAAGUGUACUUUGGUUCAUCUUCAAAAUCAGACUGAUCUUUGAAACUAAAGGUUUUUAAUCAAAGCUGGCUUUAUAGAAGGAGUAUUAUGUGUGCACUACUGUUUUAAAACAAUUAGAGUGUGUGUGUAUGUGUCUGUAUGAUCCAGCCCAUUCAUUGUAAGUCUAAAUUUGUUAGAAAUAAUGUACCCAUGUAGACUAGCAUGUAGAUGUGAUCUCAGUUGUAAAUAGAAAAAUCUAAUUCAAUAAACUCUGUAUUACCCCUUAA